CAACCAAAACUAAGAACACCGGCACAUACCAUAAAAUUAACUCAUAAGAUCGAUCAAGAGAUAAGAAGCUAGUUAGUACUCUGUGUGUGGCAAGGAGUGAAUUGUGUGUGUAUAUAUAUAUAUAUAUAUAUAUUAUCAAUAACUAUGGCGGAGAUGAGGAGGAGAAGGAAGAUGAAGGUGAUGGUGGCAAUGGACGACAGUGAGUGCAGCUUCUACGCUCUCAAGUGGGCGCUGGACCACGUAUUUGUUACGCCGGAGAUGGGAACAGUACUGGCGGAGGAACCGAGCUCGGACGAGGCUGACAUGGUGGUUCUGGUCCAUGUUCAGCAGCCUUUCCAGCACUAUGCCUUCCCCGCUGGACCAGGUGGAUCCGCGGUAUAUGCAACAACAUCAGUGGUGGAAUCAGUGAAGAAAGCUCAAGAAGAGAACUCUACAGCUUUGAUGUCUCGUGCUUUACAAAUGUGCAGAACGAAGCCGAGUAUCAAAGCCGAAACACUGAUUCUGGAAGGAGAUCCAAAGGACAGGAUUUGUAACGCUACGGAGCAAAUGCAAAUGGAUCUCCUCGUCGUUGGUAGCCGUGGCCUUGGAACCAUCAAGAGAGCAUUUCUGGGGAGUGUAAGUGACUACUGUGCUCAUCAUGCAAAAUGUCCAAUCCUAAUAGUGAGGCCACCGAAGGAAACUACUGCUACCAAGUGAACGACUCAUGUUUCUCCAUGAACAAUAUGGCCUCUUUCCUAUAUAUGAAGCAAAAGUACUGUAAUUGCGUAAACUUAGUAUCUUAAUGAAUAAGUUGGGAUUUUUUUUUAAUAAAUAGUUUCUCUGUAGGUAUGUACAAGUUUGCAAAAGUGCUUUGUGUAAUAAGAUAAGAGGAACAGUAUAUUUAUAUGA